AUGGACGCGGAGCCCGAGCCGCCCGAGCCGCCGCCCCAGCCGCCCAGCCUCAUCGACGCCGAACCCGCCCCUACCAACCCCAACCCGCCCAGCACAGCCCCGCCUCAUUACCACCGCGCCCAAAACAGCUGCGAAAUCGACUCCCCCAAAUACACCAAACCACAAUCCGCAACAGAAACCCUAGACUCCCCUAGACCAGGCCCAGCACGAUUCAUAUUCGAUGUACCCCUACCUGAUCCUAGAAAGGCUGAAAAACCACGGAAUAAAACCCAAGUACUUAAUAGCGCUCCGUCUACGUCUAUCCAGAUUCCUUAUGACCCUAAAACUGAAACGCCGAAGAGUCCGAAGGCAAUCCAGGCAAAGUACGAGACCCAUUUCAAAUUUGAACCAGAGCCGGUGAAGAGAAGAGGCAGUGAGCCUCGGAUGAAGAAUAAGCAGAAGAUGGAUAAGCAGGAAUAUUAUAAGGAUGAGGUGGCGAAACUGAGGCGGCAGUUAGAGGGGACUGAGGUGUUCACGACCACGAGGCGGAGAUCUUCUGCGCACCAGCAUUCGGUCCCUCCACCGUCUUCGAGAAGACAAUCUACAGCAGCCCAAGUCCACGUGACCGCCAACCCGCUGGACUCAGCAGCCACCACUAUCCCAGCUGGCCGGACUACCAUCGUGGUCCAGCAGCCAUCUCUCUCGCUGGACUACGGAGGCUGUUCCACCAUCCUGGUCCGAGACGAGGACGGAAGACGGAAGAGCCGCGUCUGCAGCGACCACAUCCAGCAGUUACUGGAUGUCACCAGCCAGUUCACCUCGGAGGACCUGCAUGACUUCGAUAAGAGGUAUGGCAGCCCGCACCACUCGCGAUCGCAGUCCGUCAAGGCGGGCAGGUCCCGCACGGGAGAGAGGCAGCUCCUGGGCCUGCCGCAGCAGAGGGCCAGGGUAGCUUCGAUGCCCAACACUGGGGUUGAAGAGGAGUACUACAGGCUGAGGCACUUCAGCAUUACUGGCAAAGGCGUGGUGAACCGAGGCGACUCGUUACGCUCGCGUCGCUCCCGCUCCAACACGUCGGUGGCGUCGAGCGCUUCCAGCACGGAAGCGGCCACCAGAGCCUCCGCACCAUGUUCCUUGGCGUCCUCUAGGGACUCGUCAGCAGGCCUCAGUGCGUACAGAGUCCUGGUGUUAGGCGCGCCAGGAGUGGGCAAGUCCAGCCUGGUGGGCCAGUUCAUGACCUCGGAGUAUCUCCACGCCUACGACACUAGUAUAGACGAUGAAUCGGGUGAGCGGUCAGUUUGCGUCCUGCUGGCGGGCGAAGAGUCGGAGAUCACGUUCCUGGACGCGCCACCUGACCAUGUAGUCUUGGACGGCUGCGCACACGGCUACUGCGUGGUAUACUCGACAGCAGACCGCAGCAGCUUUGCUGAAGCGGAGAGAAGACUGCAGGCGCUAUGGGCGGCAGGUCAUACCUCCAGGAGAGCCGUCAUCCUGGUGGGGAACAAAGCGGACCUCGCGCGGUCCAGGGUCGUGCCCACUGAUGAGGGCAAGAUCCUGGCCACCUCCUACGAGUGCAAGUUCAUCGAGACGUCUGUGGGCAUCAACCACAACGUGGACGAGCUGCUGGUGGGACUCCUCACGCAGAUCCGCCUGAAGCAGCAGCACGCGGAGAGAGUCAGGAAGCGCAGCAGUUCCCGCAAGAACCGCACGCGCGCCCGCUCUCCGCUUGAGACCGAGACGCCGCCGCCCGCGCCGCCCGCUACCGUCUCCGCUGCCAGCACGCCAAGGAAGCGGACACGCCUCUCCGCUAGCGUCAAGGUACGAGGCCUAUUAGGCCGCGUGUGGGCGCGCGACUCCAAGUCCAAGUCGUGCGAGAACCUGCACGUGCUGUAA